AACUGGUUUAUUAUAAUCCUGUUGCUAUCCAUCUCUCUCGGCGGCGCAGCGCACCGGCGGUGGCCUAAACCCUAGCCGGAGUUUGGAGCUGUUCCAGGCGCGGCGGGGGUACGGCAGUGCUGCUGCUGCCGGCGGACGAGCGCCCCGCGAUUUGGCGCGGAUUGAGCUCCGGAUCGCCCUUGAUUCGGGGCGAGCAGGGGUUGCGGGCUGGAGGUGGCCGGCGGCCUCGAGCCUUGGCGGGGAUGCUGGCUUGCUCCUGCUCAAUUUUGGUGGAUCUUGCGGGCGUGCUGUGCAGGAUGGCGCAUUGAGUGGUGUGUCAAUCGAUCUUGGAGUGGUUUCUGCUGAGCUCGGGGCUGCCAUUGCCUGCAAGGAUGGUGUCGUCAGGGCCGCCCAAUCCGAUGGGUCCUGGGCAGCCAGUUGGCUCUGCUUCGCUUCUCAGGACGAGCUCUAGCUUGCUCGGUGGUGGCCAGCAAGGAAUGGGUGCUGGUGGUGGCCUGCUUCAGUCGCAGUCCCCGUUCUCAUCUCUUGUCUCCCCGCGCCAAUUUGGUGGAAAUGGCCUGCUCGGAGGGUCCUCGAAUGUCUCCUCCCUGCUCAAUCGGCCGUCAUAUGGAAACGGCGCCCCUAUGUCAGGCCCAGGACAAAUGCCAAAUGGCGUGGUUCAGAUGAAUACUCUACAGCAGAGAGGGGGGCUUGAUGGUGCUGGUGAUUUGAUUGGCGCGGGGGUAUCUGAUCCUGCGUCCUUUCCAUCCUCCUCCCAGGUUAGUUUGGGCAACCACCUAGGUUCAGAUAACCUUCAGCAUCAGCAAAUGGAAGUGCAGGAUUUGCAGCACCAACAUGAGCGGCAACAGCAGCAUCAACUUCCAAUGUCAUAUAACCAGCAGCAGUUGCCAUCACAGCAGACGCAGCCACAAGUUACAGUGAAGUUGGAGAAUGGCGGCGGCAUGGGUGGAGUCAAACUUGAACAACGAAUUGGACAGCAUGACCAGAAUGGUCCAUCCCAGAUGAUGCGCAAUGCUGGCAAUGUCAAAUAUGAGCCACAUCACUUGCAAGCGUUGAGGGGUUUGGGUGCAGUGAAGAUGGAGCAACCAAAUACAGAUUCAUCAGUGUUCUUGCAGCAACAGCAACAACAACAGCAGCAGCACCAUCAUUUGCUGCAACUCACAAAGCAGAAUCCUCAAGCUGCUGCGGCUGCCCAACUGAGCCUCUUGCAGCAGCAGCGGAUCUUGCAAAUGCAGCAGCAGCAGAAACAACAACAGCAACAGCAACAGCAGCAACAACAACAACACCACAUGAGAACUCCAGGAAAGCCACCUUACGAACCAGGUACCUGCGCAAAGCGAUUGACCAAUUACAUGUAUCAUCAACAACACAGACCACUGGAUAACAAUAUCGAGUACUGGAGAAACUUUGUCAAUGAGUAUUUUGCCCCAACGGCUAAAAAGAGGUGGUGUGUAUCUCUUUACGGAAGUGGUCGUCAAACUACUGGUGUCUUCCCUCAGGAUGUCUGGCACUGCGAAAUAUGCAAUCGGAAGCCUGGGCGGGGCUUCGAGACAACAGUUGAGGUCUUACCACGAUUAUGCCAGAUCAAAUAUGCAAGUGGUACACUGGAAGAACUAUUGUAUAUUGACAUGCCACGUGAAUCCCAGAACACAUCUGGUCAGAUCGUGUUAGACUAUACGAAAGCAAUCCAGGAAAGUGUCUUUGAUCAAUUACGUGUGGUACGUGAGGGGCAUCUAAGGAUAGUUUUCAAUCCAGACCUCAAGAUUGCAUCUUGGGAGUUUUGUGCUAGACGUCAUGAGGAACUUAUUCCACGGCGAUCAAUCAUACCGCAGGUUAGUCAGCUUGGCACGGUUGUACAAAAAUAUCAGGCUGCUGCUCAAAAUUCAGCGAGUUUAACAACUGAGGACAUGCAGAAUAAUUGCCAAUCGUUUGUUCAAUGUGCCCGCCAAUUGGCUAAGGCCCUGGAGGUGCCUUUGGUAAAUGAUUUAGGUUACACAAAACGAUAUGUCCGCUGUCUUCAGAUUGCGGAGGUGGUAAACUGUAUGAAAGAUUUGAUUGAUCACAGCAGGCAGACUGGAUCUGGACCAAUCGCUAGCCUGCAUAACUUUCCUCGGAGGACUCCAUCAGGAAUCAACCCUCUUCAAUCACAGCAGCAACAGCAGCAGCAGCCUGAAGAGCAGCAGCCUGUUCCCCAGAGUUCAAACCAGAGUGGUCAAAAUUCCGCUGCCAUGGUUGGUGUGCAGGCUUCUUCCUCUGCCAAUGCUGACGUGACAUCAAAUAAUCCUCUCAGCUGUGCACCCUCUACAUCAGCACCCUCACCAUCUGUUCCCGGACUCCUCCAAGGAGCGAUGGACUCUAGACAAGAUCAUCCAAUGAGCAAUGCAAAUGGUCUGUAUAGUAACAGUGGAAAUAACGGUGCAAUUUCCAAGGUGAACUCCACAAGCUCAUUGCAGUCAAAUCCAUCUACAUCUUUACCCUCUCGGGGGCCUACAACAUCCAAUAACAAUGUGAUAUCCGCCCCUCAGAACACAAACCAACUCAGUUCCCCAGGGGUAUCAUCAAACCUGCCUCCUAUGCAGCCACCUCCAACUCGUCCUCAGGAGCCUGAGCCAAGUGAUUCUCAAAGCUCAGUUCAGAGAAUCUUGCAAGAGAUGAUGUCAUCACAAAUGAAUGGUGCUGGACAUGCAGGCAAUGAUAUGAAAAGAUCAAACGGACUUAACCCUGGUAGUAAUGGGGUUAAUUGCUUAGUUGGUAAUGCUGUCACAAAUCACUCAGGAAUGGGAGGUAUGGGGUUUGGUGCCAUGGGAGGGUUUGGUUCAAAUCCUGCAGCAAGUGGGCUGAGAAUGGCAAUGGCAAACAAUGCAAUGGCAAUGAAUGGGAGGAUGGGAAUGCAUCACAGUGCACAUGACCUAUCACAGUUGGGCCAGCAGCAGCAACACCAGCAGCAGCAUGACAUAGGAAAUCAGUUGUUGGGUGGACUUAGAGCAGCAAACAGCUUCAAUAGUCUUCAGUAUGACUGGAAACCCUCUCAAUAGUGACCGGGAACAUGUGAAGUUCAUAGUAUGAUGAUGAUGCAGCUGCACUCACUGGGUCCAUUUCUUAUGUAGCAUCAAUGACAGUGCUAUUCACCCCCUUGGGUCAAAGCAUCAUGGAGCAUCAAUGGCACAAGGUGUCAUGGAAAGGAAUCAUAGGUGAUGGCAAGCAUCUGAGCUGGCCAAUGUGUAAACUUCCUGUAAUGGAUUAGAACCUGCCUUGGUUACCUUACCGAAAGAUAGAGUUAAAGGAUUAGAACCUUCCUGUAAGGGCCACCGCCUGUGUCGGUGCUUGAUGUUAUUUCUCACCCGGAAAAGAAGUUUUCCCUCUUUUUUCCUUGAUGGAUGACAUCCGAUAUGUAAUUUACCACCGCCCUACCUGUAGCAAUCAUAUGUGCUGAUAUCUUCUCCUUGCCUCAGGAUUCUUGCUUUGUAGACUUGCCGUACUCUUAUCAUAUUGACUAGUGGAAAUAUCAGGAAUGUUUUAUCUUUA